CUGAGAAGUGACAACUGCGGACGUGCUGUGUUGCAGGCGGUAAGUGGGCACUGACCAGGAAGUGUCUGGUACUGGAGGCCGAGGAAGGCGGGACCCGGGAUGUGACAGGAAGGGCGACAGCUGGCAGAGGUGACAGGCUGUGUUCUGUUCUAGUACUUUCAUCAUGACCCAGCUUCUGCCCCGUGCCCUGGUUUCUCCUCGAUGGCUGUGGGAAUCUAUACGGCCUGGCUCAUCUGUAAAGGGAACCCUUCGUAUUCUUGAUGCUUCAUGGCAUCUUCCUAAAUCUGGACGGGACCCAUGGCGCGAGUACAAGGAACGCCAUAUUCCUGGAGCUUACUUCUUUGACAUUGAUGCUUGCAGUGAUCGUACCUCCCCAUAUGACCAUAUGCUACCCACCGCAGAACAGUUUUCUGAAUACGCAGGGCGGCUUGGGGUAUCCAAUAACAGCCAUGUCAUUGUAUAUGAUGCAAGUGAUUUUGGCUCUUUCAGUGCUCCUCGGCUGUGGUGGAUGUUUAGAGUAUUUGGACAUCCCCGGGUCUCAGUGUUGGAUGGUGGCCUCAAAGCUUGGCUUAGAGAAGGACAUCCAGUAAACUCUGGGAAGGAGCCCCGUCCACAGCCAACUGAGUUCCAAGCAAAGCUGAACACAUCCCAAGUUGUAGGGCAUGAGGAGAUGGAAGAGAAUGUGGAAAAGAAGACAUUUCAAAUGGUAGAUGCAAGAGUGGAGGGAAGAUUCAGAGGGCUUGAACCUGAACCCAGAGAAGGCAUUGAACCUGGACAUAUCCCCGGAUCAUUAAAUCUCCCUUUCCCAAGCUUCCUCACAAGUGAUGGCAGUGAGAAAUCACCUGAAGAGCUCCGGAGUCUGUUCCAGGAGAAGGGCAUCGACCUCUCUCGUCAUCUUGUAGCCUCGUGUGGCUCUGGAGUCACAGCCUGCCAUAUUGCCCUGGCCGCGUUUCUCUGUGGUAAAGAGGACACUGCCAUAUAUGAUGGGUCUUGGGUUGAAUGGUACAUGAGGGCAAAGCCAGAAGAUGUGGUUUCAGAGGGCAGAGGAAAGACUGUAUAAAGAACUAUGACCACCUGCUUUUGAGUAUUUUUUUUUGGACCAGUGUAUUAACACUUGGUGUGUCUAGUAUAUUUGUGUCAGUGCCUUAACUGUCUUACUUACUAAAGGUGCACAUGUCCACUCAUAGUGGGUGAUGUCUGAAGACCAUACAAGGCUUCUCUUAUCUUUCAGUGACUGUGGACACAAGCAAAAACCUCUGUACCAAUCCGAAAAAAGACAGCAGAAUGAAUUGUUCUCUCUAAUAAUCCUGACUGUGAUGAAUGCUAAAAUCUGUAUGACUAUUCAUUGAUAAGAAAGUCAUCUGUCUACAUCCCUGGCGUGACGUUAUGUAUCUGAGUGGAAUGCAAUGAUUCUGUAUGGGGGACUGCACAAAGAUACACUUGGUGAUGGGUGCUUAUGAAGUUGUCAUUUCCUAUAACUAAUUGCAAUGUUUUGUAGUGACUGACAGUAUAUGGGGAUUAUUAUGUAUUAAAUCAUGGCUGAUGGAAUGUCAGGUAUAUGUACUCCAUAUACCAACACAGAGUAUACCCAGUGGUGUCGAAGGUUCAAGCAAUUGCCAUAAAUCCUAUUUUGUACAUGUUUUAUAGGAAAAUAAUCCUAAGUGUUUGGGCUCAUGUGACCCUUUUAUGUUCUUGCCAGUUACGUUGUAAAGGUAAUAAACUGGCCGCUUUUGGUUAACUUCUUUUAAAUCGUU